GAGAACUCCCCCCUCUCCCCUUUUCACGUUUCACACCCUGUAAAAGAAAAAGGUCGGUCUCAUUCGGUGUUUGAAAUUUUCCUCUCUCUCUCUCUCUCUCUCUCUCUCUCUCCCCUCUGUGGUGUUGCAGCUGAGCUUACACACCGAUGGCUGGCCGUUACGAUCCCAACCCAUUCGACGAGGAAGAACAAGUUAAUCCCUUCUCUAACCAAGCAGGCAGGGGAAAAGCAUCGGGGCCGUCCCACUAUGGUGGAGGUGCAUUUUAUACAACUAAUCCAACCUCGGGGCUUUCCUCUCUUCCCCCUGAACGUGCAGAUUUCAACUAUGACCGCAGUGCUCCAAUUGAUAUUCCUCUUGAUUCAGCUGCGGAUUUGAAAAAGAAAGAGAGGGAGCUGCAAGCUAAGGAGGCUGAAUUGAGAAAGAGGGAACAGGAAAUAAAAAGAAAAGAAGAGGCAGCAGCACGAGCUGGUAUUGUUCUCGAGGAAAAAAAUUGGCCGCCAUUUUUCCCAAUCAUCCAUCAUGACAUCGCAAAUGAGAUACCAAUUCAUCUACAAAAAUUGCAGUAUGUUGCAUUUACCACAUAUUUGGGAUUGGUACUAUGUCUUCUGUGGAAUAUUGUAGCUGUUACUGCAGCAUGGAUUAAAUUGGGAGAUGUAAAAAUCUGGUUUCUUGCUAUCAUAUACUUCGUAUCAGGGGUCCCACUGGCACACUUGUUGUGGUACCGUCCACUCUAUCGUGCCUUCAGGAGUGAAAGUGCUUUUAAGUUUACGUGGUUCUUCCUUUUUUAUUUGCUUCACGUUGCUUUCUGCACUUUUGCUGCAGUUGCUCCUCCUAUAGUUUUCAAAGGGAAAUCUCUAACUGGUAUCCUGCCAGCAAUAGAUGUCAUAAGUAAUCAUGUUAUAGUUGGGGUAUUCUACUUCAUAGGAUUUGGGUUAUUCUGCCUUGAAACGGUUCUCAGCGUAUGGGUUCUUCAGCAAGUUUAUAUGUAUUUCCGAGGGAGUGGGAAGGCUGCACAGAUGAAGCGCGAGACUGCAAGGGGAGUGAUGAGAGCAGCGAUAUGAAUCAGUGCACCAGAUGUAGAGAUUGACCUCAGAGUGGACAGAGGAUAUGGGUAUGACACUCAUUCCACAGUUUGUUUGCGUGAUCUUUUUUCUUGUUUCCGAUAUUUACUGGGGGUUCUAUUAGGAAACUUCUGAGAAACUGCAGCAGCAUUCUCUGUGUUGUGAAAUUGAAAUGACGGCUACCUCUGUAUAUUGGUUCUUGAAUUUACUGCUGUGCCUGUAAAUGAUUUUGUUUCCUAGAGUGGAGGUGGUAGUUCUCUCCCUACCCACCAUCAUCUAGGGGCUGCAAAUUUACCAAGUUGCGUACGCACAACUUGAGCUAGGUUACUUGUGGCUUAUUUGAUUGUGUAAAAGUUAGUCAGGAUGUAUCGUGGCUUCGAUAUGAAUUACUACUCGUUAAUUUAUAGAUACUUCUAUUUGGAA